CCUAGCUAGAGCGUCCACGGUGUCGUUCGUUUAUAGCUAGCUAACAGGGAAUCUUUUGCUGAACCAAUAAAAGUUUCCCUGCAACUCGAUCUGUCUUCUGGAAUCGCUCUCUGGGCUCCCGGAAUAGGCAACCCUCUAAAUUGGUGACCCCGAAUCCGGAUCAACCUCAGCGCCGGAUAUUUGGAACUUUUCUCUGGUGAGCUCGUUCCAUUUAUUUUUCAUAUUUUCCGGUUUUAUUUUUGCAUACGGUAGCCUAUUUUUUGCGUCAUUUUUUCAAGCCAUGGAAUCUGUAGACCAUAAGGUAGAGUCUCUACUUAGCGUUGUAUCUCUCUCAGUUCCACCUUUUUGGGACAUGGAUCCUGUUUUGUGGUUCGCUCAUCUUGAGGCUGAGUUUUAUAACCACAGAAUCACUUCCGACUACGCGAAGUAUUGCAAGCUCCUGUCCUAUCUCCCCAAGGAGAUAUCAAUGCAGGUUCGUGACGUCAUCAUUUCUCAGACCGAAAACCGCUAUGAGGCUCUCAAGGAGGCCACGAUUAAGCGUGUUAUGCCCUCUGAGAAAGUUCGCCUGCAGCAGCUUUUCAGGGAUCUGCAGCUGGGCGACAAACUGCCCUCAACCCUGCUACGGGAGAUGCAGCAACUCCUUGGUUCCUCAACCAUGGACGAGACUUUACUUCGCGAACUAUGGCUACAACGGCUACCGGAAAACACGCAAGCGAUUCUCGCUACAGUGAGCUCCGUUUCGCUCACUCAACUAGCAGACUUAGCGGAUCGAGUUAUUGAACGAUCACAGCCACAAGCCGACGCCAGCAAGAUCAAUGCCGUCGCGUCCCAGGGCACUUCUAUCACUGGCUUACAGUCAACUAUAGAAGCCCUGCAAGCACAAGUUGCGACACUUAGUCGCCAGGUGCAACAGCUUACUAUGACCCGUCGUCGUCCUAGCCGCUCAAAAUCGCCCUGCAAACGUUCUCAGUCUAGCAACAGGCAAGCUAGCUGUUGGUACCAUCAGCGUUUUGGUACCGCAGCUCGUAAAUGUGUCAAGCCUUGCAACUUCGCCGAGAAGCAGGGAAAACUUCGCGGCCGGUCCGUAACGGCGACGGACGCGACUGGCCAACACCAAAGUCGCCUCAUCCGCGUUAGGGAUUUAACUUCCGGCACCGAGUUUCUAGUCGACACUGGUGCCGAAGUUAGCGUUAUACCCCGUAGCUCAGAUGAGGUCGUCUCACCAUCGCCGACCAAGCUGCGUGCCGCCAAUGGCACACCAAUCGCAACUUUCGGCGAAAAGCUGCUAACGCUCAAUUUAGGCCUCCGGCGAACCUUUCGCUGGCCUUUCAUAAUCGCUGCUGUGCCUUUCGCCAUCAUAGGCAUAGACUUUCUUCAACGCUUCGACCUCAUCGUCGACGCUAAAAGGAAGAAGCUUAUCGACUCUAGGACACAGCUCAGUGUUAUCGGGACUAGCGCCAACGUGGCUGCUAUCACUCCCAUUCGUGUCCUACCUCAAGCUUCACAGCCUUUUCUAGAACUUUUCAGCAAGCACCCUAAACUCGUUCGCGUCCUGAACGACUUGCCUCCUGUGACGUCAAACGUCAUGCAUCACAUUUGCACUAAGGGCCCACCUGUUUCGGCCCGCCCUCGCCGACUAGCCCCGGACAAGCUCAAAGCUGCUAAGGCGGAAUUCGAGCAAAUGCUCGAACUGGGAAUCAUCCGCCCGUCCAAAAGUCCAUGGGCAUCACCAUUACACAUGGUGCCGAAGAAAUCCGGUGACUGGCGCCCUUGUGGUGACUACAGGGCACUUAACAAAGUUACCGUCCCGGAUAAAUACCCUAUCCCGCACAUGCACGACUUGACCUCAGCUCUAGCUGGCAAGUCUAUCUUCAGCAAAGUCGACUUAGUUCGCGCCUAUCAUCAGAUACCUGUCGCGCCAGAUGACAUUGCUAAAACAGCAGUCAUCACGCCAUUCGGCCUAUUCGAGUACCUCAGAAUGCCUUUCGGCCUCAGCAACGCUGCCCAAACUUUUCAGCGUUUCAUUCAUGAGGUAACGCGAGGACUCGAAGGCGUUUAUCCUUAUCUAGAUGACAUUCUUAUCGCCAGCUCUUCUGAUGAAGAACAUCUUCGUCACCUCGACGCUCUCUUCCAACGCUUAACCCAGCAUGGGGUUACCGUCAACCCCGAUAAAUGCGAGCUUGGCCAAAGCUCCAUCGACUUUCUUGGCCACCGCAUAUCUGCCUCUGGUAUCGAAGCCCUGCCAGACAAAAUCCAGGCACUGAAGGACUAUCCUGCUCCCAGUUCCUUCAAGCAGUUACGCCGAUUCCUUGGCCUGGUCAACUAUUAUCAGACGCUUUAUACCUAACUGCGCGAGCAUUGUUCAACCAAUGACUGACUUGCUCCGCGGUAAACAACGGUCUUUUCACUUUACAGACGACGCUAAAUUGUCUUUCGAGAAGCUCAAAGACGCUAUCUCCAACAUAGCGCUUCUCGCCCAUCCAGACACGUCUGCAUCACUCUCUCUGACAACUGACGCAUCAGACACUGCCGUCGGUGCAGUUCUUCAACAACUCAUCGACCAUCGAUGGAUACCUCUAGGUUUCUUCUCAAAGCGCUUACAACCUGCCGAAUCGCGAUACAGCACCUUCGGUAGGGAACUGUUAGCUAUCUACCUAGGUAUCCGACAUUUCCGUCACUACCUCGAAGGUCGACAUUUCACCGUCUUCACCGACCACAAGCCAUUGAUCUACGCAAUCAAUGGCGCAACAGACAAGUACUCGCCGCGGGAAACUAGACACCUAGACUACGUUUCUCAGUUUACGACAGACGUACGUCAUGUCUCAGGUGCUCUCAAUCCCGUCGCGGAUGCGCUUUCACGCAUUCAGCAGAUCAGCUUAUCGCCUGGCACCAACAUUGAUCUAGCCGCUAUGGCUGCUGCCCAACAAGCUGAUCCCGACAUCGACAAGCUACGACGCAACACCUCGUUAAAACUACGUGAAGUCCCACUAGCUUCAUCUGAAGGGACCAUUCUUUGUGACGUCUCACAAACUUCUCCCCGACCCGUAGUUCCUACCUCAAUGCGUCGACUAGUUUUCAAUGCUUUACACAACCUGUCUCAUCCCGGCAUACGUGCUUCGC